AGUCGGUGUUUAUCGAGCGAGUCGGGCGUUGUUAGGAAAUAACCGAUUCAAUUUGUACACCAAUAAAGAGGACAUUUUGUGAUUUUUAAGCUAUACGCUAUAAUAUUGAUUGCAUAACCUUGACAUAAUGAAAGUGUACAGAAUCCAAAUGUUCAAGGGAAUAUUUUGUUACGUCUCGGUGUGUUGUAAAUCCGAAAUAUUUUUGUAAACUUUAAUUUUUUAAAUCGAAAGUAGACUUUAAAAAUCGAAAGAAGGAGUUUUGAAGCACUCAUUUUAUUAUGGCGACAGGAAAACUACGUGAAUCGAACCGGGACAAUGCAGGUGAUUUCAUUGGAGAAUGUUCUGUCACACAAUCUUGUGAGCCAUGUAUGAAAACCAACGUAUCAAAAACUGCUACGGUUUUCUGCAAUAAUUGUAAUGAGUACCUGUGUGAUACGUGCAAAAAUCCACACACAGUGUAUAAACCUGGCAGACACGACAUUGUCAAUAUCCAGGAUAGAAAAUCAGUGCCGGUAGGAGUCGAUAUGAAAGGAAUGGACAUAUGUCCGGAGCACGGCAAGGAAAUAGAGUUUUCGUGUAAGGAUCAUUCCAAGCUCUGCUGCAGUAAAUGUGUACUAAUUCACCGGAAAUGUGAUCAUGUGGAGGAAAUAGCUAGCGCAUCUGAACAAGAACGACCGAAGCUUCAAGCUUUACAACAGUCCAUGAUCAAACUGCAGUCGGAGGCUGAAGCUAUCAUAGCGGAUUGUAAGCAGUCAGAGACUUGUUUGAAUGAAUCAAUUGCAAAUAUUUCGUCAGAGGUGGAUAAAAUGAGAGAUCGCAUCGUACAACUGUUUGAAGAGGCAAAAAAGAAGUUGAUAACUGAUGCAACACAAUUCAAAAGUUCAGAAGUCCAACGCAUUAGAAUUAAUAGUGAAGCCUCGCUCAAAGUUUUUGAAGAAAUGUAUAAAGUCUUGCCGAUAUGUUGUGCCGUUCUAGAACACGGAACGCCCUGUCAACAAUACCUGUGUUCGAAAAUUAUUCAAGAGAAGAACAACACAUGGCAAUCAAUUAUCAAUGAACAUAGAAACCUUAAAAUAUCAACAAAAGUGACAGUUUCAUUUCCAAGAGAGCUGUCAUCACUGCUUGAGAUGGGAAACAAAUUCAUAAAACUAAAAUGUAAUGGCAACAAUCCAGGUUGUCUAUCUUCCCAGUCUAUGCCAGUCACCCUGGAGCUGCUUGUGUCUGUGAAACUACCAAAGGCUAAAGAUGAUGAGAAGGAACCUUUCCUCACUGGACUGGACUUCUUGCCAGAUGGGAGACUGGUAGUCGUGGAUAACAAGAAUUAUACAUUUAUAAUACUGAAUGAGCGGCUGCAGAAACUAGGAACUCCGUACAAGUUCAAGACACCCCCUAAAGACGUGGUAUAUCUUCCUAUUAAUGAACUUGCUGUUACGUGUAGGGAGAUUGUCUGUUUUCUGUCCGUGAGUUCUGACAAUGUCACCGUGCUGACAAGGGAGAUCAAUACUUCGUUUUAUGUCCACUCUAUAGACUAUAUGUCUCCAUCCAACAUGGUUGUGAGUACGUACGAUGAUCCCCGCCCUGUCAGAAUGAUAUCGGUAGAUGGUGUGGAGUCUGAAUUUUAUAACGUGAAGUUUCCAGAAGAUAAGACGUACAAAAAAGAUCAGAGUAUGUGCAUGUAUGUCCAGUCUUUGAACAUGUUGGUACUGACUGACAGGUUUGCUAACACAGUGCACAUUUACGACACCGUGAAGGGCACGUCUCGGGCUGUCACUGAUGAGAACAUCCAGCAACCUCGUGGUGCGUGUGUAGGGCCUGGUGACACGGUGCUGGUGUGCAGUACGAACAAGAACUCCAUCGUGCAUUUAAGUAGUGAUGGUAACAUACUGGGCACCUACCCUGUUGAUAUGACGUACCCGCUCAGUAUAUGUGUGUCUAAGAAUGGCACUAGGCUGGCGGUGUCCAACAGCUUUAUAGGCAAGACGAAACUUCAGUUGUAUAAGAUAUCACCAUCAUAGGCGACAGGAAACUUCAGUUGUAUAAGAUAUCACCAUCACACGGUUAGGUGGCCAAUCGGAUAAUUUACAUGUGGUCGUAUUCACCAUAAAUGGAAAUAUUUCACCAUGAGUUUUUUAGCCAUUUCGCGAAAAGGAGUCUGGUCGAUUGGGAUUUUUUAAAUCGAUAUAAUGGCAAUUUUAUUUUUUAUCAAGAAAAAAUGGACCAGAUUGCGGUUUUUCAUCGACAAAUAUUGACACAUUAAGACAAAAUCAUAUAAAUUAUAGUACGAUACUUUGUUAGACGUUUGUGAAAUGAAAUUGAGAUAUAAGUUAGCUUUUUUAUCUUGUCCGUUUUAUGACAAUACAUUUUAACAUAGCAGAAAACCUGUACACGUGUGUUUGUAGAUACUGAUGAAUGGCUUUGUUUAGUAAAGAUCAAACCAAGUUUAUGACGGCGAUAAGCGUGUAUGACUUUCGAAAAAACCUUCUGGCUGGUAUUGUGAUUUUAUUAGUUUUUGUAUUUUGUGUUGCUUCAACAUUAAAGAGGUUUAUUGAUUGGCUUAGGUAAUAAUACUUUCACUACCAUA